GUUUGUUUCAGGUAAAUGAUGAAAUUACCUAUAAGAAAGUCGAAACUUAAACCACUGUCAACUUAAACCACUUUCAAAGUUUAGAAAGUUUCAGCUAACAAGUUUCCUCAAGAGAAGAAGAACAAAGCAAAAAUUUCCAGUUUAAGUUUUCAUCAUGUCGGGCAAGUAUAUCAUAGCUUCCUUAGUUGGAUCGUUUGGAAUUGCAUGGGUCUGUGAUUAUUAUGUUUCAGACAAAAAGAUAUUUGGAGGUACUGUGUGUGCCACAGCUUCAAACCCGGCAUGGCAAGAAGAGACUGACAAGAAGUUUAAUGCAUGGCCUCGCACUGCUGGUCCUCCAGUCGUCAUGAAUCCUAUUAGUCACCAGAAUUUCAUUGUGAAGUCUCGCCUUGAGUCUUAAUUUGGUUGUUUAUUGGUUUCAUUGUGAAGUCUCGCCUUGAGUCUUAAUUUGGUUGUUUAUUGGUUUUGAAUUAAUUGGUUCAUCUUGGUCAUGGAAUAUGUCACCAUGAAUGAGAGUUAAACUUGAGAUGAUACUCUUGCAGUUCAAUUACUGUUUGGGGGGUUUUACAAUGUGAAUGUUUUUUUUGUCAAUAAAAUUUUGAAGCAAUCUUGGAUUGAUUGAUGCAUAUAUUAUUUUAAAAUUUUAUAUGCUAAGAGUAGCACGAAUUGUUUGUGGUACGAUUCUUCCUUUA